CUUGGAAGGAGAUUUGAACGUGAGAGUGCAGCUUCCACGUAAUGCAGAUCACGUGCCAUCAGUAUUUUAGCUGGCAUUUGUAUUUACAGGGAACUCAUUACUGGGCAGGUUAACUUUAACGGCGUCCGGGAAUACAUAUCACUAUCCUCUAUGACUUGAGCUGGCCGUUGACCAAUUUUGUUCAACUUAGGCAUGUUCAACUUUCUCAGCUUUCUCUUUGUCUCGUGUGUUCACGCGUCUCGUUCAAGUCGUUCUGCAGUCGGGGUUGAACCUAGCAGCAAGAUAGGGCUGACAGAGAAAUCCGAGGAGGCGACCAGUGGAACUGUCGAUAGAGCGCCGGCACCGAUAGACAUCCUUCCUGUCGGAGUACUGGCACAGAUACUUCUUCAUGCCAUCCUCGCCGAUGCCCAUCGAUGCGACGUCCAUCGUCACAGGAAGCAGGAGUUAGCAAGCGUAUCCCGUUGCUGGAGAGACACCAUCUUCGACAAUCCGACAUUCUGGACGACCAUCAAUUUGACACCACAAUGGAUGCCGUCGCUUGUCGAAGCGCAUGUACAGAGGAGCGGUUGUCUUUUUGUCGACGUCGAAAUUGGACUCUGGAAGACACCUGAGGAGCUGGAUACUUUGUCUAUGCUUCUCAGCAUCGCCAUGCGUUGCGUGGAGAGAUGGCGCAGCCUCAUUUUUUAUGGAAAUUCAAUACAGAUGGAGUCCUAUUUGAGACAAAUGAAGGACGUUAUAUUCCCUUCUCUCGCAUAUCUCAUCGUCGAUGAUCAGUUCAACCAUCCAUAUUCAUUUGGCUUUAAACCCAAAAACAUGCCUGCUCUGGACUAUUUAAAGAUCGACCGUGUUACCGCUGUCGGUGCUCUUUCGUUUCCACCAAACCUCCGAAUUUUGGAAAUGAAUAAUUAUCAGGCUCACGGCUUUCCUUCUCUCCGGCUGACACUCCCAUCGGAGAAGUUAACUACUCUCGUUCUUCGUGGCGACGGAUGGACCGUCGACCCGGUGACCAUUCACUUCCCACACCUCGCAUCGCUCACGCUCACCAUUCCCGAGGCAAAACAGUUGCUGAAUGACAUCGUCGCUCCUCAGCUUCGGCAUCUCCGUUACAAUCAUCAUCCUGCUGCAGAAAAUCCAGUAUCUGUAUUUGCUCAGCUUAAAAGCAAGUUCAUCACUGUCACCGACCUUGACAUCUGGCUAGGUGCAACAAUCCGCAACACAGAGCUCGCGAUUGUCGGACAUGCUAUUGCGGAUGCAUUUCCUAAGGUAUGCCAUCUGGCGUUAGCUACCACCAACCUUCCAGUAUUCUUUGGGCAGUAUGGUUCAGAAGAGCGGUCUCCUGCGGGCAAGUGGAGCCGGUUGGAAUGCUUAACACUUCUCUGGGGAAGCCUUGAAAGUGACACAGGUGAACUUGUGUCAUGGCUGCAAAGGCGAACUCCCAAGGGGCAAACCAUGUUGCGUGUGCAGUUAUCACAGGAGAUCUCGGCACACACUUUCGCUACUUAUGCGCACCACUCUCGGCCGUAUCAGUUGCUACGUGAAUGUUGUGUGCUGGAGCAGGGGGUCAAUGUGACUGACUCUUUUGGGCCCAAUAUAGAGCUCCCUCAAUUUGUGCACCAAUACAAUCGUAUUGCCUCGGCGCUACGUUCUUCUAGCGAGAGCUGUGGGAAGUGCUGGAUAUCGCCAGGCCUUUGGUAAAUGUUCGAUGUACCAUGUCUUCCCACCGUACGGAUUUUGUUGGAAUUGAAUGAUGGUUGCACUGGUCGUCCUAGUCCCCAAACUCGAAC